CGGUGAUGAAGACGAUAGUGAUGAAAAGUUGAAGAUUGAGACGAGUCACGUGAGCAAGAGGGGUACCAGUUGGCUGAGGUGUCGGCUUGGUGUACAUGUGGGACCAGCGACGGUCUCCAGCAUACAUCGGACCUAUUAUCCACAAUAAAGACGCGACGAUGCCUGCAAUGCUGGAUGACCCGACUGCGCCUGCCAUCUACCGCACGUCUGGCGAUGCGCCGUAUCCCACUCCAUAUGCCCCGCUGCCCGACAACAUAGUCCCGCGCCAGGUCACUCUGCGCGAUCGCUCAACAACAGCGACACUCGUCGCCUUUUCCUCUCCCGACCAAGUGCCCAAGACACUACUUCACUACCUCUGCGCCCUGCUCAAUCGUGAAAUCGAAAAAGGAGAUACAUAUCCCAUGAUCAAUGAGCUGCCACUGGAAUCUUUUGGCCCGUACUGGUUCGCCAACUUUGGCGCGGUAAUGCUGUUAGGCGAUGUGAGUAAUGUGGAGCAUGUGUGGCAGAUGGAGAAGGAGAGUGUGGAUUGGAGUAAACAGUGCUUGGGCAGCUUUUACAUCAAGCCCAACUACCCUGGUCGUUCGAGCCAUGUCUGCAAUGGCGGCUUCCUAGUCAGCGAUGUUGCGAGAAAUAGAGGUGUGGGUCGCUUGAUGGGAGAGGGUUACCUUGAAUGGGCCCCUCAGCUCGGCUACACGUAUUCGGUCUUCAAUCUCGUCUACGAGACCAACAUCGCCUCUGUCAGGAUAUGGGAUGCUCUAGGCUUCAAGCGCAUCGGUCGUGUUCCCGGCUGUGGCAACUUGAAGUCUGUAGAUCAUCUCGUCGACGCCAUCAUCUUCGGCCGCGACCUUAAUGGCGAAGCCGAAGACUAUCUCUCCGAAGAACGCUUCGACAAAAUCCGCUACUAUCUCAAGACAGGAAACUACCCCAACGGCGCCGACCGCGCAGAGAAAUCCAGACUCCGCAGCGCAGGCGCACAUUACCGCAUCGUUCCCUCCCCCUCUGUCGACGGCGAAGAAAAACUAAUGCUAAAAGACAAGGAAGUAAUCUCCGACCCGCAGAAACAAUAUGAGAUCGCGUUGAAGACACAUACCGCUACUCAUGCGGGCAUCAACAAGACAACAGCUUCCAUAGCGGAGAAGUAUCAUUGGAUAAGGAUCAAAGAGACGGUGUCACAGGCUAUUCGCAAUUGCGCGAAUUGCAAAGAGACUGCCAAACCUGGUGCCAGAAUAUCUCCUCCUGCCUCCAAGGAUGCUUCUCAACCCAGUCCUGCUGCUCAACAUACUGCACUCCUCGACCCUGCCACUUCCUCACACGCAGACCUUACAAAUCAACUCCAUCCUUCCACGGCCGAUGAAAUGGAUCUCUCCACUUUCAACGAUCCCUACGGGAACAUCCCUGUAGAUCCUGCUUUGAUGGGAGGCAUAUACACCCCUGGAGAAACCUUUGGAAGCAAUGUCCAGGGAGGAGCGGAAAUGGGUGCUUUUACAGAAGUCACAGAGCAAGAAGCUCAAGCCCAUGGAGGCAUUUACGGCGCCCAGAUCUAUGGUGAUGAUGCGGAUGCACAGUUGCAGGCAGAAUUGGCGGGGGAUAUGAUGGUGAGAGGAGGUGGUGGUGGGCAGUGAAAGAAAACGAGAAUCAGAUGCAGAGUAGGUUGAAGUUGAGAUGAAAUUUGCUUCAAGCCCCAACUCCAGAACUUAAAACGCUACGCUCAUACACUUGAUCCUUGCACGUCUCCCUAGCUUCCAACAGAGAAUCGAUAUCCCGACUUGCAACGCUGAGUGCCAGCAUCGUGGAGUCGUAGAUCUCGUGGACAAGUUUGACCUUAAGAACACCAAUAGUGUCCUCCUUCUCCUCGUCCAGGACCAUGAAAUGGACGUAGUUGAGACCAGAAUUCUUGUUCAUUCGGAGAUCGAUGACGGCUUCUAUCUUCAUCACUCUUGCCGGCGAAAGGUGAACGUAGAGCUCCCCUACCAUCGAGUCGAACCGUAGCCUAUAUUCAAUGGGGUC